CCUGCGCCGCGCGCUCGGGAACUCGGCGGGGCCGCGGCUUCCAGAGUUGGCGCGCGGGACGGACUCCGAGGACCUGGCUUAGCGCAGCCACCGCGCCUCCCCUCACUCUGGUACCGAGCAGAUGGACCUGACCUGCUAUUGCUGCGGAGAGGGCCUUCUGGAAGUGAGAAAUGACACACCCUGAUGACAAGAGAGGCUCCAGUCCUUCAACAGAGAGAAAAAAUCAUUCCAGUUGCAGUGAAGAGAUCAUAGAGACUGGGUGGAGUGGACAUAGUUAUCCAGGUCCAACAGGCGCUCCUCCAAGCGGAGCCUUGGAGGGCAAGGCCGGCACCAUUACCUCCAACGAGUGGAGCUCUCCUAACUCCCCUGAGGGGAGCAACGUCUCUGGGGGCAGUCAGGCAUUGGACAAGCCCAUCGACAAUGAUGCGGAGGGUGUUUGGAGCCCGGACAUUGAGCAGAGCUUCCAGGAGGCCCUGGCCAUCUACCCACCCUGUGGCCGGCGCAAGAUCAUUCUGUCGGAUGAGGGCAAGAUGUACGGUCGGAAUGAGCUGAUUGCUCGUUACAUCAAGCUCCGGACAGGGAAGACCCGCACCAGGAAGCAGGUCUCCAGCCACAUCCAGGUGCUGGCUCGUCGCAAAGCCCGUGAGAUCCAGGCCAAGCUAAAGGAUCAGGCAGCUAAGGACAAGGCCCUGCAGAGCAUGGCUGCUAUGUCGUCCGCCCAGAUCAUCUCCGCCACAGCCUUCCACAGUAAAAUGGCCCUCGCCCGGGGCCCUGGCUGCCCAGCAGUCUCAGGGUUUUGGCAAGGAGCUUUGCCGGGCCAAGCCGGAACAUCCCACGAUGUGAAACCUUUCUCUCAACAAACCUACACUGUCCAGCCUUCGCUGCCUCUGCCAGGGUUCGAGUCUCCUUCAGGAGCCGCCCCAUCGCCCUCAGCGCCCCCAGCACCCCCGUGGCAGGGCCGCAGCGUGGCCAGCUCCAAGCUCUGGAUGUUGGAGUUCUCUGCCUUCCUGGAGCAGCAGCAAGACCCUGACACGUACAACAAGCACCUGUUCGUACACAUUGGCCAGUCAAGCCCAAGCUACAGUGACCCCUACCUUGAAGCCGUGGACAUCCGCCAGAUCUAUGACAAAUUCCCAGAGAAAAAGGGUGGACUCAAGGAGCUCUUUGAACGAGGACCUUCCAAUGCCUUUUUUCUCGUGAAGUUCUGGGCAGACCUCAACACCAACAUGGAGGACGAAGGCAGCUCCUUCUACGGGGUCUCCAGCCAGUACGAGAGUCCCGAGAACAUGAUAAUCACCUGCUCCACCAAGGUCUGCUCGUUCGGCAAGCAGGUGGUAGAGAAAGUGGAGACAGAGUAUGCCCGCUACGAAAACGGCCACUACUCCUACCGCAUCCACCGGUCCCCGCUCUGUGAGUACAUGAUCAACUUCAUCCACAAGCUGAAGCACUUGCCCGAGAAGUACAUGAUGAACAGCGUGCUGGAGAACUUCACCAUCCUGCAGGUGGUCACCAACAGAGACACACAGGAGACUUUGCUGUGCAUUGCAUAUGUCUUCGAGGUGUCAGCCAGCGAGCAUGGGGCUCAACACCACAUCUACCGGCUGGUGAAAGAAUAAGAGACUUGGGGAGCAGGGACGGGGGAAGAGAUGUGUGUGUGUGUGUAGGGACAUGGGGUGGGGACCUGCAGGGACAGCCCCUUGAAGUGCCAAGAAAGCUGACCCUUCCUACCCAGGAACAAACUGUGCCUCAACCUGCAGUGCCCAACCCCAAAUAAACCCAAGAUGUGUAUUUUCAGAGGACCCCACCUGGCUGUAGGAGCCCUGGGAGGGACUGUGGGAGAAGGGGGGCAGUCUGGGAAGCGGGCCGGAAGCAGCCCCAGAGAUUCAUCAUGGGCAGUUCUGAAGCCAUUGCUCCAGUGGACUCGGCCAGGAAUAUCGCCAGACGCUGAAGGUCAAGCUGGAUGGUCCCUCUGCUGCCUGGAGCCCCUGCACACUGCUGCUGGCCACGCUGGGAGGCCUGAGGAUAGGCGCGUGGGCUCCCGUUCUGUGCGUGCUCAAGUGUGCACCGCGGCUCCCCGAGCGUGCUGCAGCUGCUCUGCCUGGCACCUCUGCUGCCACUGCCGCGGCGCAGCUUACGGAGGCCCGUCCAACCCAGGCGUGGGUUUUAGGUGUGGAGGUGACUGAGUUGCUGGAAGGGGACACUGAGCCGUUUAUUUUUAUUCAUCUCUGGUGGUUGUGGAUCCCAUGGCCCUGCUGGCUUGUUGAGGGGACUAGCUCCAGAUCAGAGGAGCCCGAGAUGGACGACAGGAGGGGCAGUGCUGAAGCAGACUGCCGAGUUGUGCAGAGGCUGGCGUCUUGCAGCACCCUUUUUGGUGGCGAAGGCCAAGAAAGUUGUUCAGAGGUCUGUGGUGACCCAGUGGUCUCUGAGACCAUCCAGUUCUGACUGGUGAGUCUUACCUCCCUCCCAGCCAAGAUGCCUGUCGGGUGGUGACCACCUCAGGGCCAGCCCAGGCAUCCACUCCCUCCCCAAACUGUAGUUUCUGUGCUCCUCGGGGCUGGAGAAGGGUGUGGAACCAACGCUGCGUCUAGAGGCAACCACCUGUUUAUUUCCUGCUAACAGGCCAGCUUUGGGUUUCAGCAGUCCUGGCUUCAUCCUAGUAUUCCUAGUUGCCCGACUUUGGGCAGAUGUCUCCACCUUUCUGAGCCUGUAAAGGGGGCAGGCAAUAGCACCCACAUUAGAAGGCCUUAGGGAGGAGGAGAGAGAAUGUCUACAAAGUGCCUGGUGCAAGAUGCUCUAAACCAGGGGUCCUCAAACUACGGCCACGGGCCACAUGCAAAUACAAAUAUUGUAUUUGUUCCCGUUUUGUUUUUUUACUUCAAAAUAAGAUAUGUGCAGUGUGCAUAGGAAUUUGUUCAUAGCUUUUUUUUAAACUAUAGUCCGGCCCUCCAACGGUCUGAGGGACAGUGAACUGGCCCCCUGUUUAAAAAGUUUGAGGACCCCUGCUCUAAACAAAUGUUAUGAUAAUUAGCUUAUCACUCACCUCCCUCAGGGAGGCUUAGGCCUUGCUCUUUGCUGCCAUCUAGUGGCUCUUUGGUAUCAUCCCUAGUGGGAACCACAAUCCCAGGUGCCUGGGAUUCAACUUGCCUACAGGUGUUUACUGUGCCCCACGCUCACUCGGGAAGAUAAUAUAUAUUAAUACACAAAUGAGGAAGACAGUGUCUAGGAGGGGUACAGAGUGGUGGUUAGGAGCAAGCGUCAGACCACUAGGAUUGGAAUCCUGGCGUUUAGCUAUUGCCUAGCCCUGUGACUUGGGGAAAAUUCCUUAAUUUCACUGUGCCUCAGUUUCCCCAACUGUAAAAUGGGUCUAAUAACAGUACCUACCUCGUUUAUGUAGAGAGCCUAGCAUAGUGUCAAGCACAUAAAUGUGUGUGAUACAUAUACUUUGUUAAUAGUAGGAGCUUUCGGUCAAAGGAGUCAGAUUGGAAAACUGGCUAAUCUGAUCCUCAGACUUUGCUGUGCAUUGCAUGUCUUUGAGGUGUCAGCCAGCGAGCAUGGGGCUCAACACCACAUCUACCGGCUGGCGAAAGAAUAAGAGACUUGGGGAUCGGAUGGGGAAGAGAUAUGUGUGUGUGAAGUGGACUUCAGAGACGGGAGUGAGCAGGGUGUGGAUGAGCCAGGGAAGGCGCCCCAGUGGAGAGGGGCUGCCCCUUAACAGAUGGGCAGUGUUUGGCUACACAAGCAGGAGGAAGACUGGCCCUCCUUCCAGGUGGGUUACCUAGUCUCCCGCUGUCCUCCACAGGCCAGAACCCCUCUCUUUAUUAAAAAGCUUUAACAAACACACGGACUACUGCUAGAUCUCAUACCAAGUUGCUUAACACUACUGUUCAUGGGGGCCGAGGCGGGGCGUGGGGUCCCCGAGUCCCUGGCUCGGGCUGGCAUGUUUCCGCAUGUCUGUGAGGGUUUGUGUUUGUGUAAGGCUGCCCAUCCCUCCCCCAGUCACCAGCACAGCCUUGCCCUCUCCCCUCUGCCCUUCCCUUUUCCUGGGGCUGUUUGGAUAAGGGAACUCAUGGUGCCUGCCCUGCUAGCUGACUGUGAACUUUCAGACAAAUGCUCACGAAGGAUGUGUGAGCAGCCUGUUGACCGUGGGACAGAUGCACAAGUGAAGGGGAUGAUCUUUUUGUGUUGUGAGUGGGAAGGAGUCUGCAGGUGUUGCUGGGCCAAGUGUUGGCUGUGAGUUUUCCCUUUUCUUUAGGAACUGACCUCAGUAGCCUAAUGGAGAUUCAUCUACUUAUAACUAAAUUCCAAGCCAGUCAGCCGUGGGGAACACAGAUGAGCUGUAGAGCCUGUCCCACUGUUGUAGGGCAGACUGUGACCCUUGGGGUAGACAGGAGACCCGACCUGGCCCCACCUCUCCUGCAGCCUCCCUGACAGCCCUGGGCUCUCUGAAUCACUCCUCCCAGCAUGGCUCUGCCUCUUGGCUGUGGCCCCACAUGUUCCCGGGCCUCUGCCUCCACUGGAGAACGGUUACUCAUGCUUCAAGAGCCAGUGUGGAGUCACCUCCUCAUGCAGAAGGGUUUGCCGCUCCUCUUGUGUGGCAAAGGCAUUCCAGUCCUGACCCGUUAGAGAACCUGUUACAUGUACCAGCAAACAGGGACUUCUGUCAUCUCUGCUAACCCUCACCCCAUAGAUACUGUGCUGUCCCGUUUUGAAGGUGAGGAAGGGGGCACAGAAUGGGAACUAACUUUCUUGCAGUAUUCAUAUAUUCACUCACUUAGCACAUAUUUAUUUAAAUUCUGCUCUGUGCCAGGCCCUGGGAAUGUGUUGGUGACCAAGACAGAUGAGGUCCUUGGGGCACUUACUAAAUUUUACUGAGGAAGAAAAAGUGAGCAAGGAAACAAGAUGUAAACUGUGAUACAUGCUGUGGAAGGAGAGUGUCCUGAUGGUGGGACACUGGGGAGCCUCUCAAGCCUGGGAGGGCAAGGGCAGGACAGUGCCUGGUGUGUUCCAGGCCAGAGAGGAGGGUGUGUCGGGGGCACAGAGGGAGAGGCGCAGGGGCUGAGGUGCGGAGGCUGCAGGGCUACAUCCUGCCCAGGCCAGCCAUCCAGAUGGGGAGGUGAUCCAGCUCUCUCCUCCGCAGGGCAACCCCCCUCACUCGAUUUUGCUCCAUGGGAAGGGGGUCCUGGAAGUGUUUUAAGCAAGGGAGUAAGUCUUUUUUAUCUGAAUUUUAGAAAACAGCACUGGAGCCUCCUGGACUACCGAGAAGCACGUGUAAUUGUCUGCUUCUGAGUCUGUCUUUCCUCCUAGACUCAGCUUCUGUGGGUGGAGAGUAUAGCCUUCCUGGUCUGUUACUUCCUGAAGACCACACACCACUUCUGGAGCCUAGCCGGGGCUUGAGUGACCGCACGUGUACAGGCAGUGGGAUCCAGGCCGUUGGGGCCGGGGAGGUGUGUAGGCUUCCUGAGGCCUCUGGGGUGGAGCCCUUGCCCUCCUGACACAAUCUAGAGCUAGCAGGCACUGUCAUGGAGAGGGGGUGUGGAAACACUGCCUGUCUUGGGGGGUCUAAUGAUGACAGAGCAGCCUGUGACCCAGUGGCCACCAAUGAGCUUCCAUAGAGUAGGAUGAUCUAACGAGAGAGACACAUGCAGAAGGAGUUUAAGGUGUGUGUGCACAAGUGUGACGUGAGCGUGUGUGUGGACACAGGCUCUGCCCUUGCAGGACUGAAGCCAGGGGUGUGAGGAACAAGGGGCUUCCAUGGUGUGGCCUGGCCCAGGCCUCCUGCAUACUACGUAUAUCUGCUCCCUUCCCCUGACUGUAGGGUUCAGAGGACAGUGGGCAGGGUGGUGACAGGGCCAGCGGGAGGAGGGCUGACACCCCUUGUAAGCAGGGGUAAUGACAAUAGGUAGCUCUGACAACUGCCAGGGCUGGGCCUGGAGUGGGCUCUGCUGGGCCACACCUGCAUAGCGGAGGAAUUGUGAGGUCAAGCAGUAAUGUGUUUGGCCUUACCCAGUGGCCAUUUGUGUUUGACCUCUUCUUACCUGUUAAGUCAGCUCCAAGAUGAAAACAAAAAGCUUUUCCCCAAACAGUUAAAUCUAUACAAGUUGUUUUUAAGACCUUAACCCUGGAGCCAGGCUGACCUGGGGCUGAAUUGCCUUCUUACAAGCCGAGUGACCUGGGGCUUGGGACCUAGUCCCAGUGAGCGCUGAGAAGGCUGAUAACUCAGGGCAGAUAUUUUCAGCCUUUUCUACCUUGAAGCAUCAUAAGUGAACUACUAAAAUUCUGCGGCACACCAAAAAUAUAUUUUUUGCUGAUAUGACAAAAAAAGAAUAGGUAUAAUUUCGAUUCAUUCAUACCGGAUGGCUAUUGUGUUGCCUGUUGUCAUUUUUUUAUUUGACAACCUAAAGGAAAAGAGGUCAGCGCUCCUGACUAAAUAGUCAGAUGUUGUAUGUUUUAAAAAUUAUUGCGGCACAUGGUUGAAAAUCACUGACUUGGGGGUAUAAAAAUUUCACCUAUACACACACACACAUUUCACCUAACUGCUCUACACACACACACACACACACACACAUUUCACCUAACUGCUCUCUCCACACACACACACACACACACACACAUUUUUAGAGAACAAAACAAGCUCUAGGCAAAACAGGCGGGAGGAGGCCUCUAGGCUGAGAGAGCUGGCCCCAGGGCCCCAGUGGAGGGUGGUAAAAGGGAGGACAGAACAAAUGUUGGCUAAGUCACUGAGUAGGAAACUGUCUGGAAUUUGUUUGUUUACUUCCCGAGAAAGGGUGGGGGCAGGGUCAAGUGCCUUUGUAGGUGACUGGAGACCACUUGGUGGAAAUGGCUAAGGGUCUUUCUAAGCUCAAGGAUGUCUAAUAUUCAACUAAGUUUUUGUAUUUUUGCUAUGAAAACCCCCUUUGUCUCUCCACAUCUUCAGUAAAGUCUACCAUGUACACAAA